AAAAUAAUCGGAAUUCUUGUUCAAUGCGGAACAGACGUAAAAAUAUUGUUUUCCGUUCAAUUUUUUGUGAAAAUCGCUUUUAAAACUUGUGUUUUGGAUCAGUUCUCAAGUGUAAAUUGUGAAUAUUACACACAAGUAGUGAAACGAAAAAAAUAUGUUAUUGUAAAUAUACAAAAAUAAAGGUUUAUAAGAAACAUUUUAAAAAUCCUUCAUCAUAAAAAUAAACAGAUAAUAAAAAAUAUUUGGAAAUGCCAGGAGGAAGUUAAAGGAUAAAGUGAUUAAAAUAUCCAACGUUGUAAAUAAUUGAAAUAAAAAUGAAGUCAACAAUAAAUGUAUCAGGAUUACUUUAUUUUCUACAUACAAUUCUUCUCGGUUGUACUGCGGAAGUGCUUCAAAUAAAUGUUCAAAAUCAGGGCGGUGAGGUGGUACAAGAGACAAUAACAUCAAAUAUUCAUGAUGACAUAAUUACUCUGGAGUUUCAACGGACUGAUGGAACUUUAAUAACUCAACUUAUAGACUUUAGAAGUGAAGCUCAAGUGUUAAAAGCUCUUGUACUCGGUGAAGAAGAGCGUGGUCAGAGCCAAUACCAAGUGAUGUGCUUCGUAACGAAAUUCCAGAAAGGUGACUUUAUCACGUCAGAUGCUAUGGCAAAAUUGCGACAGAAAAAUCCAACUACAAUAAGGACGCCAGAAGAAGAUCGAGGAAAGGAAAACUAUACAAUGACCGGUUGGUUAGUGAAUUUGGAUCGGUCAUCGCCUAUAUCACGCCACUUAUCAAUUUGCAGUGAAGCAAAAGACUCGACAUAUGUUCGUGAUGUUGAUUUGAAGUCGUGGUCAGAAAUUCCAGGCUCAUCAAUGUCAAUACUCGAGUCAUCAGUAACGUCCUUUCCGCACGUACAAUCGAAUCAUCAACAAACCAGCGUGUCCCGUUGCAAUGAGGUUUCGGGUAUAUGGGCUCCAUGUAUUUGCUCAUUAGAACUUUGUAUCGGAUGGUUUCCCUGCGGCUUAAAAUACUGCAAAGGAAAAAUUGACAACAAUUCAAUAAACAAUAAUCAAAUCAACUCGAGCUAUCGAUGUGGCAUUAAGACGUGUCGGAAAUGUAGCAAUUUCAGCUAUUAUGUAAGACAAAAACAACAAUGCCUGUGGGACGAAUGACCGUCGACACAAAGUAAUUUAUCAACGAAAAGGCGGAAUCGACAAAAAGCUUCAAAGUCAGUAUUAAAUAGAUAUUUUCACAAAAUCUUCGAUUUCAAUUUGUUAUAGUAAUAGGAAUGAUUAAGAUGAUGAAAUUUACUUGUAAUUUUACGAUAAUUCUUUUGUAUUUAUUGUUUGUUGGUCGGGGUCCACCCUCGUACUUUCAUCAUUUAAGAAAGAAGAUUAUGUAAUUGAGAAUGUUUUUUCUUUCAUUUUCUUCUUCCAUUUCCGUGGAAACGAUUUAAGAUAUCGACUGACAUAGAAGCUUUUAUCAUUACUCUUCUUUUCGUUUUACAGUCAUAGUCCUUUACAAUAAGUAAACCUUAUAUUGCCAAUAAUUUUAAUUAACAUUGUGUGAAGUGGUCAAGAGCUACGCUCUUAUUCGGUUGAGAUUAUAUUUCUAUUAAAUUCAUUAUCAGUUCUAAAGAGUUUUUACAUUAGAAAAAGCUCGUAUUGUUUUAAUUUUAUAUUUGAAGAAAUUAAACUGUAGAUAUUUAUUUUUCUUUUUUUUCUGACUGCCUACAAAUUUGCCAAUAACUUUCGUAUUUUUUCUCAAUACAAAAAGAAUGAAUACGACUUCGACUCUUAUUUAUACGCAAUUUCCUUAUCGUCUUUUAUCUCAUAUCGUUUACGGAACAAAAGAGCGAAUUUGUCGAAAGAAGAAAAUUAAAAUUGGUGCUGAAAGAUAACAACGAUGAUGGUAUGGCAAUGGCGUUUGCGUUGGUGAGAAAACAAUUUUAAAAGGGGGAGUUGGUUUUGUUGUUAAGGUUGUGUAAACUAAGGAAAAAAGUAAAAGUAAAUAUGAAGAGUGAAUAAUUGUCAAUAUCUAAAUGACGUCAAGACGAAUAAACAAUUUUUUAUUUUGAUUAGUUAUUUUAUGAAAUUGACACAGUCUUAAGUUAGAUUUGUUAACUAAAGUAUAGAAUUAUUCGUAUAUUAUAAAAAUAUCACUAUUAGUGAAUAUUCGCGACAUAAUAUCUAAAACAACCCCCAAUGAAAAGUAAAUAAAAUGAAUACUCAAAGCAUUUAGCACCAAACGGAAGAAAGUUUUUAAGAUGCUUCAAUUUUUUUUAUUCUAUAUUUUAAUGACUGUUUUAUUCUUUGCCGUCGUUUACAAGAAAAGCGAAGUGCUUAACUGAUUUAAAUCGAAAGAAAUUGUGAGUAAGGAAAAAAACGAGAUAAAAAUAUAUGGAAGAGCUUUCUUUUCGUCUUUAAUUUUUUUUUUGGUAAGCUGUGUCGAGAAUUUUAAUUUCAUUUGCACGUCUCAUUAUUUUCCUUUCCCCCAUUUUCUUGCGAAAAAUUUUCUCUCUUUGGUAUUUUCUUUUCAUAUUCAUUUUUUACUGAGAAACCCAAGUGAAAGGCGCUUUUCUAAAUUAAUGAUUUCUAUGUAAAAGUAAAGCCAAAGAAUGUAUGAUCGUCCAUUGCAAUGGAAAAUCGUUUGAGACGGGGAGGGAGAAAAACAAAAUCUCAUGUUGAGUGAAAAUAAUAAAAGCUUUAUUUAUAGAAAAGAUUAUCUUUCUCCCUCCCUAAUACGAUGACAACAAACUCAAGAACAAGAUAAACUUUAAUUCGAUUCACAACAAACAAACAAACCUGAAAAAGAUAAAAAAACUUUUUCGUCAAUAACAACGAGAAAAGGUGAUGAUUUUUCUGAUAACCAACAUAGAAAAAGAAAGAAAGAAUCGAAUGAAUGUCAAACUAUCGAAAAUGAAAAAGAAUUCAAAAACUUUGACGAUAAGAUCAAAGUUCAGUUCUCUAAAGUUUUUUUUAAUUUACUUAAACUGUUCAUUCAUUGCACUUAAAGAGUAAUUUUAAUUUCAAGUCUUGAAUAUAAGAAUAGAACAGCAACGAACGUCUUCACGGCUUCUCCGAAUCAACGAUGCUAUUAAUAAUAAAGAAAAAAAAAGUUAAUUUCCCUAAAUUAAGCUUUAAAUUCCCUUGACAGCAAAAGCUCCACGAAUUACUUAAUUCCUUUGUUCUACGGCUUCAUCUAACUUGAUAACCAGCUUGUCAGUGACUAAACAAGCAUUUAAAUAAAUUGCGUGAGAAAUAAAUAAAAGAAAAACAAAAAAACGAAGUAGAUAAAAAAGAAAACUUUAUUUCACCACAUAAUCAUGGAUGAUAACACAAAUGUGUUGAUUAU